GCGUCAUAUCACAUGCUCCUUGGACCAGAGCAUCCUGCAAUAUUUUGACAUUUUGGGUUUAAGACCUGGUGAAAGAUAUGGGCAUUUACGUUUUUCAUAACAUUCUCCUUCUGGGGAUAACAUUGCUCUCUGUUAUACACAAAGCAACAGCAGGAUGCACGUUUCCACAGCAUACCGCAGAAAAUGAGAAAAUCGAGGCCCUCAUCCAACCCUUGCUGGGAAAUCGAUACAAAGCAGAGGAUGUUGAUAAUAAAUAUUUAUACAAGAUUGGGAUUUGUGCCGAUGCGGUAGAUAAAACCGAAGUUCCAGGUGCAUCGAACGAACAUGUAGGAGUGUAUCAGUUUAAGCUUAAAGAUGGAGCUCCAAUAUAUGAGGGAGCCAUUAGUGUUGGCAAGUACAACAAUGCCACAAUAACUAGAGGAACUGGCUGGAUUCUUCUUGAGUACAGAGAUGGAAAAGAGUACCACACUCACUGUUCCAAGGAGAAACGUCAGGCUAGAAUCAUGAUAAUUUGUGAUGAAUCUACCAGUCUUGGGUCUGAAACCAUCAAUGUCUUUGAAGAAUACACCAAUAAGACAGAUGGAUGUUAUUACUUAUUUGAAAUGGCUUCCAGUGCAGUUUGCCCUCCAAAGCCUGUGGUGACGUUUGGACUAAGCUUAGGAUCUGUAAUAGUGAUUGUGUUUGUGUGUGUGGUUUUCCUUUACCUCGUCCUGGGUAUAGCCUACCAUAGAUUCAUGUUAGGAGCCAAGGGCAUGGAGCAGAUUCCAAACUACAGCUUCUGGCAGGACUUUGGUAAUCUCCAGUCUGAUGGGUGUAACUUGGUGUGUCGGACCGGAGGGUCAGUCAACAAACAUACAUUUAAAGGUCUCGGAGAUGACCAGUUACAGGAAGAGGAAGACCGAGAUGACCACUUACUGCCCAUGUAGACUGACCAUUCCGACAUAAUACUCAUUUAUCAAAGCAAGUCAUGACACUCACAUAGCCAGACUACUUCUACAGAGUAACCAUUUUGAUGAUGUGAGAUGUUUUCGUGAAGUGUUGACCAAAGUUUACUGGAUGAAUCAACUGGGACAUACAUUUCAGGAUCAGAUAUGUCAUUGUUCAUGGAUUCAUGGAGGAAGGUUUUACCUUCACAGCGAGUCUAUAGUGAGGAUACUAAAAACAGUAACUUCAACCACAGUAAAAAAAACACUAUUCCUGAGAUCUGAGAUCUAUUCCAAUAUCAUGUAAUGUUGAUAACUGAUCAUGUACGGUAUACAAUCUUAGUGCAAUUACCACAUAUGUGGUUACAGAUUUUUACAUGGUAUUUAAACACUUCAAUUUCAUUCAAUUUUCGAAUAAUGUUGAAAGUGUGUUAUUAUCCUCAGGUUAAGAUGUUAAAAACAAGACAUAUUAGCCAAAAAAAAGAAAUUCUAUAUUAUAUAGCAAAUUUGAAAAAAGAAAUUGCGAAUUUCAUUACAGAACAAAAAAGG